GGAGCCGGUGCGGGAGCGCAGCGGCGCGGAGCAGAAGCAGCACGCGGCAGCGCUGCCCCGAAGCGGGCCGGCGAGAGGGAGUAGCGCCGCGACCCCGCGCCGAGGGUGACCCGGGACUGGAACGCGGAGCCCGGCCCUGAGAGCGACCCCGGACCGAGUGCGGACCCCGACCCAGAGCGCGGAUCCCGGCUCUGAGCGCGGCCUCGCCCGCCCCGGCCGCCGGGCCGCGGGCAUGGACGGCGCCGGUUUGCCCUAGAUGGACCGCGAUGGCGGUCGCCGAGACGCCCCCGGCGCACUGAUGGAGACCGGGCGCGGUGCGGGGCCCGCGGGCAUGGCGGAGCCUGCGGCGGUGCCGCGGGCGCGGGCGGCGCGGCCCGGGCCCCAGCGCUUCCUGCGGCGCAGCGUCGUGGAGUCUGAUCAGGAGGAGCCGCCGGGCCUGGAGGGGGCCGAGACGCCGGGCGCGCAGCCCCCGCAGCCGCUGCAGCGCAAGGUGCUGCUGCUCUGCAAGACGCGCCGCCUCAUCGCCGAGCGCGCCCGCGGUCGCCCGGCCGCCCCCGCGCCUGCCGCGCCUGCUGCGCCUGCCGCGCCUCCAGGCGACCUUACGGACCCAGGCCCGGAGCCCUCAGGCGCGCAGGAGCCUGGCCCGGACCCCGCUCCCGCGCCCGUGCCUGCGCCCGACGGCGCCCCCAGCGAGGAGGAGGCGGCGGCCGCGACCAAGGAGGACGCGGGGGCUCCGGAGACGAGGCCCGAGCCAGAGCUCGGGCGCGCACGCCGGGAGGAGCCAGAGGAGGAGGAGGACGACGAGGACGACUUGAAGGCUGUGGCCACCUCCCUGGACGGCCGCUUCCUCAAGUUCGACAUUGAGCUUGGCCGCGGCUCCUUCAAGACGGUCUACAAGGGGCUGGACACGGAGACCUGGGUGGAGGUAGCCUGGUGCGAGCUGCAGGACCGGAAGCUCACCAAACUGGAGAGACAGCGGUUCAAGGAGGAGGCCGAGAUGCUGAAGGGCCUGCAGCACCCCAACAUCGUGCGCUUCUAUGACUUCUGGGAGUCCAGUGCCAGGGGGAAGCGGUGCAUCGUGCUGGUGACCGAGCUGAUGACCUCGGGGACGCUGAAGACGUACCUGAAGCGGUUCAAGGUGAUGAAGCCCAAGGUCCUGCGCAGCUGGUGCCGGCAGAUCCUGAAGGGCCUGCUGUUCCUGCACACCAGGACGCCCCCCAUCAUUCAUCGGGACCUGAAGUGCGACAACAUCUUCAUCACCGGGCCCACGGGGUCUGUGAAGAUUGGCGACUUGGGCCUGGCCACCCUCAAGAGAGCAUCCUUUGCCAAGAGUGUGAUAGGUACCCCAGAGUUCAUGGCUCCGGAGAUGUACGAGGAGCACUACGACGAGUCCGUGGAUGUGUACGCCUUCGGGAUGUGUAUGCUGGAGAUGGCCACCUCGGAGUACCCCUACUCGGAGUGCCAGAAUGCCGCCCAGAUCUACAGGAAGGUCACCUGUGGCAUCAAGCCGGCCAGCUUUGAGAAAGUGCACGAUCCUGAGAUCAAGGAGAUUAUUGGGGAGUGUAUCUGCAAAAACAAGGAGGAAAGGUACGAGAUCAAGGACCUGCUCAGCCAUGCCUUCUUUGCGGAGGACACAGGUGUGAGGGUGGAGCUGGCCGAGGAGGACCAUGGCAGGAAGUCCACCAUCGCCCUGCGGCUCUGGGUUGAGGACCCCAAGAAACUGAAGGGCAAGCCCAAGGACAAUGGGGCCAUAGAAUUUACCUUCGACCUGGAGAGGGAGACGCCGGAUGAUGUGGCGCAAGAAAUGAUCGAAUCUGGAUUUUUCCAUGAGAGUGAUGUGAAGAUUGUGGCCAAGUCCAUUCGUGACCGCGUGGCGUUGAUUCAGUGGCGGCGGAAGAGGAUCUGGCCGGCGCUGCAGCCCCAGGAGCAGCGGGACCCCGGCAGCCCUGACAGGGCCAGGGGCCCACCCACACCCCUGCAGGUCCAGGUGACCUACCACUCGCAGGCUGGGCCGCCGGAGCCGGAGGAGCCCGAGGCCGACCAGCACCUCCUCACCCCUGCGCUGCCGGCCAGCGCCACCUCCCUGGCCUCGGACAGCACGUUUGACAGUGGCCAGGGCUCCACGGUGUAUUCAGACUCGCAGAGCAGCCAGCAGAGCGUUGUGCUGGGCUCGCUGGCGGACGGAGCACCGGCCCCCACCCAGUGUGUGUGCAGCCCCCCCGUGAGCGUGACCGACGGGCCCGUCCUGCCCCACAGCCUGCCCUCACGGGGGGCCUACCAGCAGCCUGCCGCGCCUGGCCUGUCGGUGGGCUCCGUCCCGCCCCCGGCCCGCCCUCUGCUCUCGCAGCAGCCUUUCCCAGAGCCGGCCAUGAGCUUCACGCCUGUGCUGCCGCCACUCAGUGCCCCUGUGCCGACUGGCCCAGGCCAGCCCACGCCCCCCGCCCACCAGCCUCCUCUCCUGGCCCAGCCGGUGCCCCUGCCGCAGGUCCUGGCCCCGCAGCCAGUGGGCCCUCUCCAGCCGGUGGCCCCUCUCCAGCCGGUGGCCCCUCUGCAGCCGGUGGCCCCUCUGCAGCCGGUGGCCCCCAGCCUGCCUCCCUAUCUGGCUCCAACCUCCCAGGUGGUGGCCCCUGCUCAGCUGAAGCCCCUCCAGAUGCCUCCAGCACCCCUGCAGCCACUUUCUCAAGUCCCUCCACAGAUGCCUCCACUUCCUGUUGUCCCCACCGUCGCUCCACUGGCCGCCGUCGACAGCCUCCCUGCAGCCCUUCCUGACCUGCCAGGCACCAGUGGGCCCGCCGUGCCUCCCCCUUCUCAGUAUUUCUCUCCGGCUGUCAUCUUGCCAAGCCUCCCACUCAGUGCCCCCACCGCCCCGCUGCCCGCAUCACCGGCUCUGCCUCUGCAGACAGUCAAGCUGCCCCACCCUGCCGGGGCACCGCUGGCCGUGCCAUGCCAGACCAUCGUGCCAAACGUGGCGGCCACUGCGACCGCCAUCCCGCUGCUGGCUGUGGCCCCACAGGGCGUGGCUGCCCUGUCCAUUCACCCCACUGUGGCCCAGCUCCCAGCCCAGCCCGUGUACCCGGCGGCCUUUCCGCACGUGGUGCCCAGCGACGUCCCACCUUCUCCCCUCCACGCAGCGCAGCCUGUACGGGCGGCCCCUCCCCAGCCGGCACCCCCCGUGCUGCCGCAGCCCCACCAGCCAAGUGUUGCCCGCCUUCCGGAGCAGGCUGCCCCGGCCGCCAGUGCUGGGAGCCAGAUCCUGCUUGGCCCCCCGCCUCCAUAUGCCGUGGACAUCACCACCCAGGUCCCCACGGUGCCCGCGCCUGCUGCCGUCCUCUCCCCACCUCUGCCGGAAGUGCUGCCGCCUGCUGCCCCCGAGCUCCUGUCUCAGCUCCCCGGCUCCCUGGCCCCCACAGUGGUGGCAGCUGCUCAGAGCUUGCCUGACCAGACCGCUGCGCUCCUGCCGCCUGCUAGCCUGCCACUGCCCAGCGGGCCUGGGAUCACUGGUCCCUGCCCAGCUGUUCAGCUGAUGGUGGAGCUGGCCCCGGAGGAGCAGGCCUCGCAGGACAAGCAGCCCAGCCUCCCUCAGAGCUGCGAGAGCUACGGAGGCUCCGACGUCACUUCUGGAAGAGAGAUGAGUGACAGCUGUGAAGGUGCAUUCGGUGGGGGUAAGCUGGAAGGCAAGACUGCCCGGAAGCAUCACCGCAGGUCCACGCGUGCACGCUCCCGCCAGGAGAGGGCCAGCCGGCCCCGGCUGACCAUCCUGAAUGUGUGCAACACGGGUGACAAGAUGGUGGAGUGCCAGCUGGAGACGCACAACCACAAGAUGGUGACAUUCAAGUUUGACCUGGAUGGGGACGCACCUGACGAGAUCGCUACCUACAUGGUAGAGCACGACUUCAUCCUGCAGGCUGAGCGGGAGACCUUCAUCGAGCAGAUGAAGGACGUCAUGGACAAGGCAGAGGACAUGCUCAGUGAGGACACUGAUGUGGACCGUGGCUCCGACCCUGGGGUGAGCCCGCCACACCUCAGCACCUGUGGCCUGGGUGCUGGGGAGGAGAGUCGCCAAUCCCAAGCGAAUGCCCCGGUGUAUCAGCAGAACGUCCUGCACACUGGGAAGAGGUGGUUUAUCAUCUGUCCGGUGGCCGAGCAUCCAGCAGCCGAGGCACCCGAUUCGUCGCCCCCACUUCCUCUGAGCUCCCUGCAGCCAGACACCAGCCAAGAUCCAGCACUCUGUAAAGACCAGCUGUCCUCGAAGGAAAAACCCAGCUUCUCAGCUGGUCUGCAGCUCCUGAGCCAAGCAGGCCCCAGGGACCUUCCUGGUGGUGCACCAGCCCUUAUGGUGCCAUCAUCCCCUCCUGUCACUGCUGUGCCCCAAGACAUGGUCCCCCCAGCUGCCAGUCCUAAGCCGGAGCCAGCACCAGGAGCCACCAUGCAGGCAGGGGGCCCAGGGACCCCUCAGGGGCUGGCCAGUGAGCGUAAGGCCCCCUGGCCACUAGCAGAGACUCACGACCCCCAGCUUGCUGCACAGCCUCCUGGCAUGGGCCGAGGGCCUUGCGCCCCACCUCUGGAGGCCCCCCUGCACCUCAAGGGUCUGGGAGAUCCUGCCUCAGCCAGAGAGCCCAGCACCAGAGGGGAGACCCUGUCAGCUUUGGCCCCCAUGUCCGGUGCCCCUGGCGGGGCCCCUCAGCCAACCCUGGGCCAGCCCCUUCCCCCACUCCCCUCUGUGGUGGGGGCCAUCAGCAUGGCUCCUCCCCAGCUCCCCAGCCCCCCGUUGGCACCCACGGCCCCCCCUCAGCCACCCUCAGCCUUGGAGUCAGAUGGGGAAGGACCACCCCCGAGGGUGGGCUUUGUGGACAGCACCAUCAAGAGCCUGGAUGAGAAGCUGCGGACCCUGCUCUACCAGGAGCACGUGCCCACCUCUUCAGCCUCGGCGGGGACCCCCGUGGAGGCAGGUGACCGAGACUUCACCCCGGAGCCCCCAAGAGGGGACGAAGCCCACGCAGAGGCCCUGCUGCCCCAGCCUGUGCUGGAAAAGUCAGAAACGGCGCCUGGGUUAGAGGUUACAUUGGAGCAGGCCACAUCCUUGCCAGUGACAGCAGAAUCGUCUUUGAGCCACCCACUCGGCUACGAGGGAGGACAGGUGGUCUCAGCUUCGCCCGCAGCACCCAGUGCCCCCCAGGAUGCCCCUGCUCCUGCCACUCCUGCACGUCUGGAGCCCACAGACCGGACCAGCAGGGUCGUUGGGGAAACCUUGGCUGAGUCCACGCAGAGCUGCCUAGGGACAUUGACUGAGGGUGGCCAGGACAGCCACCCCCAGACACACAGCACUCUGGUCUCGGGAUCCCCUCGGAAGUGGCCAGGGCAGCAGGAUGGCAGCUCGCCAGCCAAAACGGUGGGCCGGUUCUCAGUGGUCAGCACCCAGGAUGAGUGGACUCUGGCCUCCCCCAAUAGUCUGCGGUACUCGGCCCCACCUGACGUGUACCUGGACGAGGGUCCCCGCAGCCCAGACAUGAAGUUGGCUGUGCGGCGGGCACAGACAGCCUCCUCCAUCGAGGUUGGCAUGGGCGAGCCCAUGUCCAGUGACUCUGGGGACGAGUGCCUGAGCAGGAGGCCCUCUGUGCAGAAGCAUGCCUCCCUGCCUGGCAGCGGUGGUGGUGUGGCCAUUGACUUUGUGAAGAAGGCCACCGCCUUCCUGCACAGGUCCUCUCGGGCUGACUCCCCAGGCCUGGAGACGCCCAGCAGGAUGGGCGUGAAGGUCCCCACCAUCAGCGUGACCUCCUUCCACUCCCAGUCGUCCUACAUCAGCAGUGACAAUGACUCAGAGAUCGAGGAUGCUGACAUCAGGAAGGAGCUGCAGAGUCUUCGAGAAAAGCAUCUGAAGGAGAUCUCGGAGCUGCAGAGUCAGCAGAAGCAGGAGAUCGAGGCCCUGUACCGCCGCCUAGGCAAGCCGCUGCCCCCCAACCUGGGCCUCUUCCACACAGCACCCCCCGUCGGCCGCCGGAGAAAGACCAGCAAGAGCAAGCUGAAGGCGGGGAAGUUGCUGAACCCCCUGGUGCAGCAGCUCAAGGUCGUGGCCUCCAGCACAGGUCACUUGUCAGACUGCAGCGGGACCCCUCCUGCUAAGGACCCUGCCCAAGCUGAGGCAGGGCCUGCAGCAGCUUCAGACCCAUGUGGGAAGGCAGUUCAGACCCAGCAGCCUUGCUCCGUGCGGGCCUCCCUGUCUGCAGACAUCUGCUCCGGCUUGGCCAGUGACGGAGGCGGAGCGCAUGGCCCAGGCUGGACGGUUUACCACCCAACGUCUGAGAGAGUGACCUAUAAGUCUAGUAGCAAACCUCGCGCUCGAUUCCUCAGUGGACCCGUGUCUGUGUCCAUCUGGUCUGCCUUGAAGCGUCUCUGUCUAGGCAAAGAGCACAGCAGUCGGUCCUCCACCAGCAGCCUGGUCCCGGGCCCCGAGCCGGGCCCCCAGCCUGCCCUGCACAUCCAGGCGCAGGUGAACAACAGCAACAACAAGAAAGGCACCUUCACGGACGACCUGCACAAGCUGGUGGAUGAGUGGACGAGCAAGACGGUCGGGGCCACACAGCUGAAGCCGUCACUCAACCAGCUGAAGCAGACGCAGAAGUUGCAUGACAUGGAGGCCACGGCAGGCCGGCCCCCACCCUCUGGCGAGGCACGGGCUAUGAACACGUCUCGAACAGCAGUGGGGACGCCAUGUCUGGCCCUGGCGCCCAGCCCUCUACCCACCGCGGUCAUUCCUGGAGCUGCCUCAGCCCAGCCUGUGCCCGUGCCAGGUUCCCGUGGUCUACACUUGCUGUCUUUGCACUCACUUCCUGUACUUGAAUCGAUGGUUAGAACAUUGUAAUCACCCUGCAGAAGUACAGUGCCUUGAAUUCCAGCUUUUCCAUUUCCUGAUGGAAAGAGAUGUUUUAAAAAAUGGUGUAUCAGAAAAGGUGUAUUUCACUUACAGUUGGCUUGUGCAUUGAUAUCACUAUUUCCCAUUGUAAGUUGCAGAGAUAUGAAUGGUUUACAAAUCUGAAGCUAAAGUCUGAUCUUUACUUUUCUGUUGUACAUGCUUUAAAAAAAAAAAUUGAACGGGUGACCUGGAAUAUUGAAGAGUUGCAAAUGGUAGAGGAGCUCUGCUUUGUACUCAUAAGACGAAGUCUCUCCAGCUGUAUGGUCAUGGAUAGCAAGCAGGUGGACACACUCCCUCAACUGCAGUGCUCUGGGCACUGCCAGCAGACUGCCCAGGGAUGCGUGGUCAUUGGGGCAGCACAUUGCUAAUGGUAGUUGGUCUCUUAGCCAGGAAUGUUAGCAUCUGUGUUUGGCUGUAUGGUACCUGCUGUAAAGUGCAAGGUAAGCAGACGCGCCCUCAUGACCCAAAUCCCGCAGGGCUGCUGUGAGUGUGGGGGAGGUAAAGGUGUCUGUCUGGUGCGGGAGCACAGGCGGGCCGCCUGCUCUGCAGAGGCAGCGUGGCCCCUUCUGCUCAGGGGGCCACCCACCCUCUUACUGGCCUGCCUUCCUUUUCUGUCAUUUGCACUAAGGCCUGUGGUCACCUGGGUCUAGUUUUGCCAUGUGUGCACAGGCUGCUCUGCCCACCUCUGGCCUCCAGACUGUUCUCCAAGGCCGCCCUGCUGGGGGUGGGAGGGUUCCUCUCCUGGAAAUUUCAGUGAUCUCAUCCCAGACAGGCACCAGACAGCCCAGGGUGGGAGCUGAAGGCCCCACUCCUCACUGACCAAGAUGUUUCCCAUUUCCCACUGAGAGGCAGCUGGUAGGGCUGCCCAGCUGUGUGUUGUAUAGUUCUGCUAUACUUUGGGACUUCACUAGGACUGGCUGAAUUAUUUUGGUUUAAAUAUAUUAUUCCAUCAAUUCAGUUAGAAUUGAAUAUUCUAGGUGAUUAUGCAGACUCUUCUGCCAGGGCAUGAUGCUAUAGUAAGAGAUUUCUGUUCUCUGUAAUGUGCCCCUUGGUCCUUGGGUUGAGAAUCACGUGCGCCUGGUUCCUGAGGGUGGUGGAGGCUGCCCUCUUCCCACUCCCCCUGCUAUACCGGACAUGUGGUGGUUUGGAGUCCUGGCCUUGUACAUGAAUGGUCAGUGGCACAGACUCCCCAAGACAUUGUAUACUUGAAGGAGAAAAAUAAACAUUUUUGCUUGAAAACAGUGUGGAACAACAUCUUUUUCUUAUCUCCUGUCCCCGUAAAAGCUGAACAGCC